AUGCCACCACCAAUACAAGGACAAACACAAGCAAUAACAACACAAAUUCAGCCUGAUUCGCCUACUUUAACAGCCGCAUUGGCAUCCACAAACAAAAAUAUGAUAUUCAAUUUAAUACCAGCCAUGAUGCUCAACAAAUCUCUAAAAUCAUCAUCGGAAAAUUGCCUAUCAAGAGCGAGAGAUAACACAAUAACAAGAUCGAGAGCAAGAUCAAAUACAAAGAAAAAUCAACAACAACUACACAAAAAAUCACAGACGUUGAUAGAUCAUUCGGAAAUGAGAAGAGGUAAUUCUAAUGUUGCUGAUUCAUUAUCGGAUCGUCAAUUAACAACUAUGGAUACAUAA